AUGGCAGACGCCACUCCAGUUCCACAAAUCGUGCUCAACGAUACUUUGGGCGCGGCUUUUAUCGGAGUUGUCGUUUCUGGAUGCCUUUUUGGGGUUUCUUGUGUUCAAGCGUGGUACUACUUUGUCCACCAAAGCGAUCGAUGGCCGCUGAAAGCCCUGGUUUCGUGUGUGAUGCUUACCGACACCAUACAUCAAGGUCUGAUCAUGCACAGUAUCUACACGUAUACCAUCACGAACUGGGGCAAUGUGGCUAUUCUUGGCGAGCUCGUUCCGACACUGUUGGUUGAGGUCGCGUUUAACGGAUUGACCACGUUUUUGGUGCAAUGUUUCCUCGCAAUGCGGAUCUGGCGAUUGAGCGAUAGAAACGUGUGGCUCAUAGUCAUCGUUGUGUUACUUAUCUUGGGGGAGUUUGGAGUCAACAUAGCUUAUACGAUCAUAUCGCAAGUGACCCACUUCCUGACCUGCUCAAUUGUAGUAACCAGCAUGCACAGGUUGAGAUUCAAAACCGUCGUUCAACUCGAGCACCUCCAGCCUUUAUCGCUCUCGAGCAAUGCCCUAGCAGCUGUCGGCGACCUCGUCAUCGCCGCCUCAUUAUGCACACUGCUACACCGCUCUCGCACUGGUUUCCACAGAUCGGAUACCAUCAUUACUAAACUCAUAGUUUUCUCCAUCAAUACAGGCCUUCUCACCAGCCUUUGUGCCUUAGCUUCCCUCGUUUCGACCCUCGCGGGGCCGACAACUUUUUAUUAUAUCACCUUUUUCUUCUGCAUAGGACGCCUAUAUACAAACUCCUUGCUCGCAACGCUCAAUGCGAGGAAGAAGAUUCGUGAACUGUCCGACGACGUUCAAAGCAGUGGAAAUAAUAUAUCUCUAAGCUCGUUAGGAAAGGACAGAAAGGUUUCAUCUGGUCGGCAACAGCAGAAUAUCUCAAUCAUGAUCGAAACAAAAAAAGAGUUCGGGACGGGUUCUGGGAACAAUGUGGAAACAGGUUUGGAUGUAAAAGUGGGUUCUGGAUACGUGGGGGCAGAGCCUGAGUAUGAAUCAGCAUGA